GCGCGAAGACACUGUCGCGUCGCCCUGUUCCGCGUCCGACAUCGGCAUUACAUAAAUAUUCCGUUUUUUAUUCCAAACUGUCUGCCAAACGUGUAUUUCCUUGUAAAAGUGGAGCGUAUAGCUCAUAGUCAAUUUCUUAAAGUGAUUGAGUGCGUUCAAGAUUAAUCGGUUGAGUGAUUUCGGCUUUCGUUGGGAGGGAGUCGGGAAUGUGAGCCGCUGUGAUUGGUCGACGAUGGAAACCAUGGUGAACGUGUGGGCGGUAGUGGAGCAUGUGAGGGUGGCCAGUGGCGCUGCUGAGCUGGCCAUCUUCACCGCCAUACUCUACUGGUUCUUUACUUCAAGCCGUGUUGCCGACAUGCUAGAGGUGGUCGGCGAGAGAGUCGGCGGGUGGUGCGGCCGUGACUCGAACUCGCUGCGGCAAGCGGUGCGCGCGCGUCGCCGGCACCACAACGACAUCUACACCAAACUAGAUCAGGAGAGGACGACGAGAGCGUCGUCCCUGUUCCGAGUAAAGGAAGGCCCAGUGGUCCCCGCACCGCAGCCCGCUACCCGGCCUCCCGCCGGCCUCGCCUGCGUCCGCUGCGCUCCUGUGUCCCGGGAAUCAUGGCAGGACCCCAAAGCCGCAGACACGGGGGCAGUAAUAAACAUCCUCGACAUCGGCCAACAGAACUUCGCGAACGGUGGCGUCGUGUCCCGCUGUCUUUGCGACUUGGCCCAGUGCUGCAAUCUCACCAAUUAUGACUACAAGGAUAUGGUUCCUGAGGUAUUAAAAGAUGACAGCUUCCAACAAGCCAUCGAGGAGUCAGCACUAAUUGAAGCCAAGAGUAAGGGCGCCGGCGAUUCAGUUACUCCAGAGCUCAGGCGAAGAAUCGAAGCUAAGGCCAUGAAGGUUCUCAUGGAUAUCAGCUCAGCCAUGUCAAACAGAGUGCUCAAAUUAGUAGCCUGGCUGUGCCACAAAGCCGUCCGACGGAUCGCGGGCGGCGGCUGCGGCACGCGAGCGGCGUGCGUCGAGCGUCUCCGCCGCGCUAAAGCCGCAGGGCUGCCGCUCAUCUUCGUACCUCUACAUAGAUCUCACCUGGACUACAUUCUCGUAACAUUCACACUGUACCUGACCGGUCUUCGGCCGCCGCUAGUCGCCGCCGGUGACAACAUGAGGAUACCCUUCUUUGGUUGGUUCCUCCGGGGUUGCGGCGCUUUCUACAUCAGACGCAGAGUUGAUGGCUCAGAGUACCACGGAGACUCACUAUACAAGACUGCACUAAGAUCUUACAUUUUAAAUAGUUUAGCAGCUAAGAAUAAUCUAGAAUUCUUUAUUGAGGGAGGAAGAACUAGGACUGGAAAACCGCAACCACCAAAAGCGGGCAUCCUCUCAGUUAUAAUGGACGCGUACCUCGACGGAACGAUCGACGACGCCUUACUAGUCCCCGUCACUCUCAACUACGACCGUUUGGUCGACGGCAACUUCGUGCGAGAGCAACUCGGCAUGCCCAAACAGAUGGAGACCUUCUGGACCGCCCUUAGGGGCAUCUGGAGGACCCUUAACACCAAUCACGGCAGCAUUAGGGUAGACUUCAACCAGCCGCUGUCUCUUAAGGAGCUAGCAACCUCCUUCCAAAACUACAACUACCUGAAAGCCCCGAUCGAGCGCACCCUCACGCCGCCCAACAACAACCUGGCCGCGAACCUGGACCGCCAGAUCCUGUACAACCACAGCCACUCCAGCAUGUACGGCGCCGGCGUCAGCGUCGACCACAAGAUGAUGGUCGAGGCUAUAGGGCGACAUCUAGUCUAUGACGCAGCCCAAGCCACAGCCUUCAUGUGCACAAACGUAGUGUCCUACGUGCUUCUAACCGAGCACAGGCGAGGUUGCACGCUCAAGCAGCUAAGUCACGCGGUCGCCAUGAGGGGCGCGGCCUUGAGCAGAGAUGGAAGAGACUUAGGAUAUACUGGGGAAGCGCCAACAUUACUGAAACAUGCUUUGGACAUGUUAGGUCGCAGUUUAGUAAGGCGGGAAGGUUCAGGGGAGAAACAAAGAGUGCGGCCACAGAAGUCAAUAGCAGCUUCUGAGCUGGCGUACUACAGCAAUACUGUAGCGGCGCAUUACGCCGCCCCGGCUAUUGUAGCAACGGCGUUAGAAAGUAUAAUCAGACAGCCAAACGCGGACCAGGAGAUCAUAAGGCACUCGGAGCUGAUGGAGGCGUCCCUGCAACUCUGCGAGAUCCUCAGCCAGGAGUUCAUUCUGUGCGCGCCGUGCCACAGGAUAGAGGAGACUAUGAUGAAGGCGCUGGAGUCGCUUAUUGCUAGCGAAGUUAUCACUCCUCUAGAGAGCAACAACGGCCUAGAAGAGCAGCAGUGGUCGCGGCGGUUCGCGCGGACACUCGACGAUGAAGACAAUGAUGAUGAUGAUAGACCAGAUCCUACGCUCAAAAUCAAGUACAGGGUGUCACAACGGCCAGAGGCACUAUUAGAACGCGGUCGCCUCCUACGGACACUGAGGCCUCUAUUAGAAGGCUACGCGGCGGCUUGCCGAGGCAUUCGAGCGGGCACACAGAAGGAGCUCAUCAAGGCCACGCUUGACUCGCUCACAGAAGACUAUACUCAAAACAAGAUGCUAUACGGCGAGGCGAUAUCCACAGACGCGAUUCGCAACUGCUGGCGGCUGCUGAAGCAGUGGGGUGUCAUAGAACUAUACACGCACGACAAAGUGCGCAUGCUGCGCCCCCUGCCGCCCUACGACGCGCAUGCGCGCCGCGACGCCGUGUGCGAACACUUGUACCGGUACAACGUGACCAGCCCGCUGCUGUGAUAGUGACAGUCUGACAGUGAUAGCGUAAGGUAAAUCAAAA